UUCGUCUCCGGUCUUCACCCCCUUCCUCCCCGUCCUCGUCCCCGCCUCGCCGCGCGCCCUAACCCUAGCUCCCUCGAUUCCACGCUGAUCGAGCCGAGCUCGCUCGCGCGGGAGCCCUGGUUGCCCUCGCGCCCUUCUAAUCUCGCGCGGAUUCGGCGCCGCGCCUCGAAAUGGACCCGAUGGACAUCGUUGGCAAGUCCAAGGAGGACGUCUCCCUCCCCAAAUCAACAAUGUUUAAGAUAAUUAAGGAGAUGCUUCCUCCUGAUGUUCGAGUGGCUAGAGAUGCACAGGAUCUUCUUGUUGAGUGCUGUGUAGAGUUCAUCAAUCUCCUGUCUUCUGAAUCCAAUGAAGUGUGCAGCCGAGAAGAGAAGAAAACGAUUGCUCCUGAGCAUGUUCUCAAGGCUCUAAGUGAUCUUGGCUUCAGAGAGUACAUUGAUGAGGUUUAUGCUGCAUAUGAACAGCACAAACUUGAUACUCUGGACUCUCCAAAAGCUGGCAAGUUCACUGGGAUCGAGAUGACAGAGGAAGAAGCUGUUGCUGAGCAACAAAGGAUGUUUGCUGAGGCCCGAGCAAGGAUGAAUAAUGGAGCACCAAAGCCAAAGGAGCCAGAACAAGAAGCACAGCAGCAACCACAUCCUCAACUUCAGUUGCAUACUCCACCACAGCAACCCAUGCAGCCUCAACUGCAGUUGCAUUCGCCAACACAGCAGUCUGUCCAACCUCAACUGCAGCUGCACCCCCAAGUGCAGCCGCAUCCUCAGCAAUCCCAAGUGCAGCCGCAUCCUCAGCAAUCCCAAGUGCAGCCGCAGCAGGCCCCACAGGUGCAGCUGCACCCUCAGCCGCAACAGGCCCCACAAGUGCAGCUCCACCCACAGCCGCAGCAAUCCCCACAAGUGCCACUCCAAUCACAGCCGCAGCAAACCCCACAAGUGCCGCUGCAUCCAUCACCAGAGCAACCCUCGCAACCCCAACCCCAACCGCAGGUGCAUCUGCAAUCGCAGGAGCCCCCACAAGUGCAGCUGCAAGCUCAGCUGCAGCCACAGGUGCAAACCGAGCAUGGCGUGGACAGUUAGAGACUCAGCGUUGUGUAGCUUCAGUAUAAGUGGAAACGGGUGCUUUUGCUGGCAUUUACUAGGAGCCUGUAUGCCUGCUUGUGACUUGUUAGAUCCUGAUUUAGGUUUCCGUGCUUCAUGUACAAUGUAAAUCCAGUGUGAUUGCAGGUUGCCUUGUCGCUAAUAAACCGAAGCCGUUAGUUACUGAUGAUGAUGCCCGGAAUACCGAAUCCCUGACUAUGCCUGUAGGCCGUAGUCCCAUGGCAUGGAAAGAUAUUCUGUUAUCAUUGUAAUAGCCUAACUUGACAUUUGUCCAUGGUGAUAGUGACUGAUUUGAAUGAGCUCUUGGUGCAUA